AAUGAAAGCAGUGAAUGGCGCUGGUUUCCUGAAGCAAGAAUCUAGGGAAGAGCUGCGCGGGCCCGGGCCGGAGUCUCCGCGCGGCGGUGCGGCCGGCAUGGCCUGCUGUCACAACGUGAUGCUGCUGCUGGACACCGCGGGCGGCGCUGCUCGCCAGAGCCCGGUGCGACGGGCCGCUCUGCGCCUCCUCACCUACCUGAGCUGCAGAUUCGGCCUGACCAGAGUCCACUGGGCCUUCAAGUUCUUUGACUCGCAGGGCGCGCGAAGCCGGCCCUCCCGCGUGCCUGACUUUCGCGAGCUGGGGGCCCGCUCCUGGGAGGACUUUGAGGAGGAGCUGGAGGCCAGGCUCGGGGAUCGCGCCCCCGGCGCCCAUCUGCCCGGCCCGGCGCCCAGGGCCACCCACAUGCACGGCGCCCUGAUGGAGACGCUGCUAGACUACCAGUGGGACCGGCCCGAGAUCACCUCACCCACGAAGCCGUUCCUGCGGAGCAGCGGGAGAAGACUGCUGGACGUGGAGAGCGAGGCCAAGGAGGCGGAGGCUGCGCUCGGCGGCUUUGUGAACGCCGUCUUCCUGCUGGCCCCCUGUCCGCAUUCGCAGAGGGAGCUGCUCCAGUUCGUGUCUGGGUGCGAGGCCCCGGCCCAGCUCCUGCCGCCGACCUCCAAGCAGGUGAUGGAGAAGUUGCUGCCCAAGAGAGUCCAGGAGGUCAUGAUAGCCCGAAAAAUCACCUUGUACUGGGUGGAUACCACCGAAUGGUCGAAGCUUUGGGACUCCCCAGACCACCUUGGGUACUGGACAGUGUGUGAACUGCUCCACCACGUAGGAGGUGCCAUCUUGCCAUCUGAAACUUUUAGCCAGAGCUUUACCAAAGCUAGGGAAACACUGCCUGGUGGUGAGAGAAAGCUAUCAAGAGAACUGCACUUCUCCCCAUGGAUUUCAACUUUGCCAGUUGAUUCUACAUUAAACUAUUUGUUCUACAAUUCUCGUGAGUAUGAAGCAUCAUUCCCACGGGUGGAAGGAACAUUAUUGCUCCCUGUUGAAGGCAAAGAGAUUCCAGAAACAUGGACAGUCACCCUAGAGCCCUUGGCCAUGCAUCAGAGACAUUUUCAGAAAUCGGUCAGAAUUGUUCUAAAAGGCACGGUGACCCAGUGGGCUCUCCCACUGAGCAGCACUUUGGGCACUGACAGCUGGAUGCUACAGAGUCCAGAGGAUGAUAAAUCAACUCAGAGGAUGUUAUUUCAGCAGCUGGGAAACAGGCUGACUGCUGAAGAGUUACAUCUGGUUGUCGAUGUGGACCCUGGUGAAGGCUGGCCCCCCAUCACUGGAGUUAUUUCCCCUCUCUCUGCCAACACUACAAUUCUCACUGUGUUCCGCACAGAAGAGCCUGAAUUUCAAAGACUUUUUUUUCAAAGCACUGUGGCAGAGAGCCCCCAGGAUACAGCCUCCCUUUUCUCCAAUGUUACGAAUGGUGUAUUGCAGCAGAUUCAUAAUUCACUUGAAGAUCCUGCUACUUCUGCUCCUCCUGUUCCUGAGUGGGCCCAGCAGGAGCUUGGUCGCACCGCUCCCUGGAGCACAGCUGUCAUGGAGACAUGGUUUCCUUUCUCUAACCUCAACGGUGCGAGUUCAAAUUUAAUGGAGUCAUUCUGCUUAUUACAGGCUGCUUCAACUAAUAAGGAAGAAGUUUCUAAAACUGAAAGUGAAUUCACACGUUGCCUCUCCGAGUUCUACCAGAGAAAAUCCCGUGAAGAAUCUGCUGCAGCUAGUCAGGAAGACAGCAAAAAGAAACGGGGUGUCCCUCGUACUCCAGUGAGACAGAAGAUGAAUACCAUGUGCCGUUCCUUAAAGAUGUUGAACGUUGCCAGGCUGAAUGUAAAGGCUCAGAAGUUGCAGCCGGAUUGCAGUCCAGAUGCAGCCGGGGAGAAAGGAAACCAAAAGGCAGCCGGUGGGAAAACAGCAGAUAAACUGGAUGACCGAGGAAGAACAUUAAGAAGUUCUAAACCAAAAGAUUUUAAAACCAAGGAAGAGCUAUUAUCUUACAUACAUGAAAAUUACCAGAAGAUUGUGUCCACAGGAGACAUCGUGUUGCAUUCAUGUACUCGGAAAAUGCUCUCAACCAUUAAAGCGUUCCUGAAAUCCAAAGGCACCAAGGAAUUCGAAGUAAAUUACCUGAAUCAAGUAAAAAAUAGCCUCUUAAAAACUAGCAAAAGUUUUCGACAGAAUCUAGGGAAAAAACUGGACAAGGAAGCCAAAGUCAGAGAGUGCCAGCUUCAGGUGUUCCUUCGUUUGGAGUUGUGCCUGCAGUGCCCUUCCAUACAAGAAAGUACAGAUGAUAUGGAGCAGAUAGUGGAGGAGGUGACAGAUUUGCUGCGUAUAGUGUGUUUAACUGAAGAUCCAGCAUUCCUAGCAAAAUUUCUGGAGGAAAUUUUGGGAUUGUAUAUUGACUCUAUCCCAAAGACACUUGGAAAUCUUUAUAACAGCCUAGGGUUUGUGAUUCCUCAGAAGCUGGCUGGUGUCCUUCCUACAGAUUUUUUCAGUGAUGACUCCAUGAACCAGGAGAGCAAAUCACCAGUUCUUUCCGUGCAUCUUUUGUCAAGUGCUAGAUCUGUGUCAGGUGGCACUGAAUCUGACCAACUAGAGGAGCUUCGUUCCAGAUCAGCCAAGAAGAGAAGGAAAAAUGCAUUAAUAAGACAUAAAAGCAUUGCAGAGGUUUCACAGAAUCUUCGACAAAUUGAAAUUCCCAAAGUAUCCAAGAGAGCUCAAAAAAAUGAAAGCUCCCACCCUACUCUUCAGCAGCCACCAGUCCCAGUAAAAGAUACAGUGCAAGAAGUGACCAAAGUUCGAAGAAACCUCUUCAACCAGGAAAUGCUUUCUCCUUCAAAGCGAUCGCUAAAGCGGGGGCUGCCUCGAAGCCAUUCUGUGUCAGCUGUGGAAGGUUUGGAGUAUAAACCUGACAACUUCAAGAGGACCAAAGAUUAUCAUAAACUGCUGACCAAGAGUGUGGCAGAGACUCCACUACAUAAGCAAAUCUCCAAAAGGCUGCUUCACAGACAAAUCAAGGGCAGGUCCUCUGAUCCUGGUCCUGACAUUGACAUUGUCGAAGAGUCCCCUGAAAAAGGAGACAGUGAAAUCUGCUUGAGACGAAGUCCUCGAAUCAAGCAGUUGUCGUUCAGCAGGAAACAUUCUGGCUCCUUCUAUUCUGUGUCUCAGCCGAAGUCUCGAAGCGUGCAGAGAGUUCACUCAUUCCAUCAAGACAGUUCAGACCAAAGAAAAUAUUUUCCAGCCCAAAGUAUUCGGUCUCCCAAGAAACUUUUUUUUGGUGCAGUGUCUGAAAUGAUCAGUCCCUUGGAGAAGGGUUCAGCCCGAAUUCAAAGGCCUUCAAGAAACACGCUGAGUUCUGAGAUACCUACAGCUUAUCAGACUCCCAAGAAGAGUUACCGGAAGUCCCCAGGCUCUUCUAAAACUACACCAAGAAGGUGCCUUCGUACCCCACAGACUCUGCCUUACACUCCAGAAAGGCUGCAGAAGUCCCCUGUGGAAGUGACACCUGCAAAACAGGUGAUUCUGAUGGAGCCCUUCAAAGACUCCUCCUCUCAUGGCUGUGACCCACCAUCUGGAGAAAAAGGAUACUCCCUAGCGAAAGGAUUUGCCUCUCCCCUGAAAAAGACAGUACCAAGAACUCCCAAAAGGCAAGGUGGUCAGCCACCUGAAUGUCUGCAGAAUUGUACUUGGUCACAGUCAAUAAAUUCCAGUCCAGAAUGCGCCUCCUGUCCAGGAGCCUGGAGCCCACCCACUGUCCACACCAGGAGUCGGUGUCGGUCUCCCGCCAGAUAUUCUCUCAGGACACCCGUGAGGUCGGCAGCCUUGGCACUGCCGGGAGGAACUGACUUCCCAGACACCCCUCCUGAUCAAGACAGCCAAGGUCCCCAAGUCCCUGGCACAUCUCAGGCAGAGGAACCAGCACAGAAACUAAAGGCUAACCCUGUCAAAACCCCAAAGAGAUCAAGGAAUACAACUAUUACUUCCUCCCCACCUAUUUCUCCAAAGAAACUAUCUAAGUCACCUUUCUGUGAUAUUUCCAAAAAAAGUCCACUUAGGAAAUCUUUGACAUACUCUCGUACCCCUGGAGAAGGGGAUUGGAAAGUGCCCCAGAAUGUAAUCACAUCUCUCUCCUCUUCCCUUCCCUCAACUCCCCCCAAAAUCUCACAGACAGCUAUCUCUGAAACCAUCCCCCCAGCACCCCCUUCUAAAAUCAGGAAAAGGUGUAGAAAUUCCUCUAGUCCUGCAGGGAGCUUCCUGGAGUACCAGCCUAACGCUGCUCACCUUCCCAUGGUUGGCGUGACUACCAAUGCAGCUGCCGUCACACACUCUAGAAAGGACCAGGAGGAAUUCGGCCUCUCUCCUCAGCCUUCUCCGGAAAGACACCAUGACCCUGGGACUGGUUUAGGGAGUGACUGGCAUAUUUCCUCCCCUGUGCUCAUUGCAAAUGACACAGAAUACCUCACUCUCUUUGAUGAAGCUGAACACCAUGGCAGUGAUACCUUAAAAAAUAACAUCUCUCCAGAGGGAGAAGAUGAGGGGUUAAGGACAGUGGUCACUAAUGAGAAGCCUUCUCUGUCUAACCCUGGGAUUCCUCCAUCUCCUCCUUCCUCUGGGCCCAGCUCUCCUCUGACACCGUCCUACGGCCUGUGCUGUACUGCAGACAGAAGGCAGAGGCAGGCCACCGCACAGCCGGAGAAUCUGCAAGCUGCGACUCAGCUUCCAAAUGCCUCUGCCAGCCCACAGACCUAUGAGGUUGAGCUGGAGAUGCAAGCCUCUGGCCUUCCCAAGCUUCGAAUUAAAAAGGUAGAUCCCAGUUCUUUGCUAGAAGCCGAACCCCUAAGAAAGGAGGAGAGCUCUCUGGGACAGGAGAGCUCCUUCCCUGGUCUCAGCGUGCCCAGGACCAGCAAGUCCUUAAGCAAACCCGAAACCACCUACACGUCACCUCCCUGCCUUCGCUCCUCACACAGCACCCCUGGCAAGAGUGGGGGACAAACCUACAUCUGCCAGUCCUGUACCCCAACCCACUGCCCCUCUAGCACCUCGUCUCCUUUUCAGACAGAUGUUGGGAUUCCUUGGACACCUUCGCCCAAGCACAGUGGAAAGACAACUCCUGACACAAUUAAAGACUGGCCCCGGAGGAAGAGGGCAGUGGAUUGCAGCACUGGCACCCCUGCUGGGAGAAGUGAAGUUGGUGCUGACCUCCCUGGGAGCGUGUUGGUGCUUGAGCCAGAGGGCAAGGAGAGAGGGUUUGAAUUUGGCAUCGACAAGCCCCACAUCUUGGGGGAUUUUGAGCUUGAGGGAGUGUGUCAGCUGCCAGACCAUUCACCUGCCAGGGACAGUGUGCCCAAGGCUGAGGAAGCCUUGUGGGGACAGUUUGGAUUGGGUUCCAGAAAGAGACUCCUUUCUGCCAAGGAAGAAGCUGAGUAUCGAGGCAAAAGAGUUUGUGACAACCAGAGAGAAGGCUUGGAAGUUGUUAGCAAGAUGAGUGAAGAGAAGUCCCCGAGUACCAGUGUGCGAGAGCUCCCCUCCAUGGGGGAUGACGAGGUCUUUGCUUCAAGUUCUACCCCGCCUCCCGGCUGCACUGUGCGGAGCUGCCUUUCUGCCAGUGGUCUCCAGGCCCUGACCCAGUCUCCACUGCUCUUCCAGGGAAGAACACCUUCCUCUCAGGGCAAAGAAACCAGAGAUGAGGACCCAGAUGUAUUUACCUCCGCUGCCGAAGAAUCCCCUUUCAGCAGAGCGUUCUCAAGGAGACGCCCCAUCAGCAGGACCUACACACGGAAGAAGCUGAUGAGCUAGUUAGGGUGGAGCCAGGUUGAGGGACUAAGAAUUACACACACAACUGAGCCUGUCCUGAGCCUCCGCAGUCCCUGGACCAGGAGCAGAGCUCUGAGUGGUGGUGUCUGGAUGUGUUAGGAAUUCCAGACUUCCAUGAAUUCUUAGCCGUAAACACGGAAACUGAGUCCAUCUGACCCAGGGCCUUACUAAUCCCUCUUCCUGCAGGACCCUGGGCUCAUUACCCAGAAACUAGUAAACGGCCUUCUUAACGGAAGCCAGAAAGUUCAAAAGAUGAAGGCAAAGUCAGCCCAGGUGUCCCUGGGCAUAAAGCAAUUAGGAACCUGGUCGCAAGCCUCUUGCUGGGGUCAGCUUUCAGUCCUACGAGAAUGUGUCAGGGUCUUGACUUCCCCUCCCGGAAUCCGUCCAUUCCCAGGCCCCACCCCUCCCACCACCUGCCCCUUGUUAGGAAGCUGGGGGGGAGGCGGGCCGUGGUGUAGCUGGUGCCAUAACUCAGAGGCAGCCUGGGAGGCCAGCAAAGCAGACAAGGCACUAGACGACCAGGAUCCCCACCCCACCCUUGUGGAGCUGCUGUAAGGCUUGGACACUGGGGUGGGGAGUGCUUUGUAAACUGUAAAGCACUCUACACAUACAUGGAUGUGAAAUGAAGACUGCAUCUAGGGUGGCAGAACAUGUUUUUUGAACCCCCUAUGAAGAACAAUAAAAUCACCCGUGGCG